AUGACCAGAAUUAAACGAGGAUAUAUAGCUCGAAAACGGAGGACAAAAAUUCAUUUAUUUACAUCAAGCUUUCGCGGGGCUCAUUCAAGACUUACUCGAACUAUUCCUCAACAGAAAAUUAAAGCUUUGGUUUCGGCUCAUCGGGAUAGAGAUAGGAAAAAAAGAGAUUUUCGCGGUUUAUGGAUUAGUCGAAUAAAUGCAGGGUUAGGUCAACCCUACUCUACUAGUACCAAUGGGCGGCAUGGGGGAAGAAGCACUACGCUUAGGAAUCAACAACACGAAAACUUUGUAAAAAAAAAAUAUCUUUCCUUUCUUAUCGGGAUAGAGAUUAACAAGAAUGGUUGGGACAAUAAACAUCCAUCUUGUUCGUAUUUUGGAUACCCGUAUAACCAUCGAAGAUUGUUGAAGUGAUUAAUUCCGAGAAAUUAAGCAACGGUGAGGACAAAGAAAUUGUUGAAGUUACUGUUUUUUUAUCCAGUACCAACAUAUUUGUUGUUAAGAAAAAAUCUUUUACA